AUGUCGGACCAUGACUCCGAUGCGCAGUCGCCGCGUCUGGCGGAAACCGUGAAUUUCGCCGUCUUCGCUGCCGCCAACACCGCUGCCAUUCACCUUCUGGAGAUUAUCCAGUCCCAACUAUCACCUCCAACCCUCGAGCUGCACGGAGACACCAUCGGCUAUCAGUUGUCGAUACCCUUGUUGCUUGACAAGCAGAAUUUUCGAGGUGCCUGGAGAAUCGGCGCAGGUCCACCCAGGGCGAUUAUCGAGAAGGGGCUGGACCACCUCAAACCGGAUAUUCUGCUCUGCCCGCCAGAGGGAUCGGCCAGCGCCAGGAUAGCACGCAAAGCUAUUCAAGCCCUACACGCCAGUCUACACUUCCACUCAGAAUCAGGUGUGCUGAUGCUCAAGACAACAUCCACAACAUCCAGCAGAUGCAUUACAUACGAACAUGGAGACAUGGACAACCAAGAUCUGGAAUUGAUCGCGCCCAAGACGCAAACUUGUGUUAUGCGGCGGAGUCAGAAUUUUCUUCGCUUCGGUGAUUAUCGCUUUGUUCUCGAAUUCGUCGUUCAAAGUCAACACAAGGACAAGAUCAAAGCAUAUUCAACAGGCUAUCCUGGUCUUUACCCUUCAUUAGCACUCAACCCCGCCCCCAUGAGACAUUCCAAAACCUGCUUCAACGUCUGGCUGCACAACAAGAUACCCAACACAUCAGUAACAUCAGGCAUCAAUAUUUAUACAGGAGAGCCGGUAGCCGUGAAACAAUUGCAGACGAAAACGGCAUUGCUACCAUACACCAGCAAGAGACUUGAGAUCGCCCACAUCUAUCAUGAAAGGCUAGAUAAGGGCGUUCUCAGCAUCAUAGAUGUAUGGUGUGAGCAUAACUCAUCUCCUCCGUGCUUUUUCAACGACGACGAUCAAGGAGACGAUGAUUGCUGUGGCCGAGUAUUCUACUCUAUGCCUCUGGCCAAGUACAAUUUCUGUGACUUGCCAUGGGAGCAUAUCAAUUUUGAGAACCGUCUUGCCUUAUUUUACCACACUCUAUCAGGGCUAGCUGAGCUACACCAGCAAAGUAUUACUCACGGGAGUAUUUCGCCAGAGUCACUACUUAUCCUAUCUGAAUCGAAACUCACAACAUUGGUCAACGGCCAAUCCGCUCCUAGGAGGGCGGUUAUUUCUCUCAGCAUGCAAAAACGAAAGACAAAACCCAAAGCCAGCGUUUGCAUCGCCCCCGAGGUUUGGGAGUGUGAUGGCAAUGGAAACUUGGACGAGACAAAACUUGACAUCUGGGCGCUUGCUGCUUCAUGGCUCUGGUCCUUUGCAGUUCCGCCAAACAACCUGAAAAUAAGAAAACACACACAUGAGAGCCUCAUGGUGAUGCUAGAUAAAAUGACAAAAAGGGGCUCAAUAAAGAAGCCACUAGACAGACUUUUACGUCAAAUGCUGGCAUUUGAACCACAGGAUCGACCGAAUGCCACAGACGCACUUGCGGAUGAGAUUUGGCGACCUUUGCGAGAUGAGAAACAAGCAGAGGAGGAUAAUAGAAAGCGGAGGAGGACGGAGAUGAUGAAUGGUGAUGGUGGCAAGAGAGUCAGAGUGCUUUCGCCUGAUCCAGAAGAUUAACUACAUAGCCCUAAUACCCAAUUUCGCAAAGAGCGACUUGAAUCUUU